UUUAAACUGUCUAGGAAAUUCUCUACAGUCAUGACUCUCAAGUAUAUGUUGAUAACUUUUUUAUUAGUUGGUAUCACUGUUUGUGAUACUGAACUAAACAAAAAGCGGUUUCCAAAAGAUUUUAUGUUUGGAGUGGCUACAUCUUCAUAUCAAAUUGAAGGUGCUUGGAACGAAGAUGGCAAAGGAGAAAGCACUUGGGACCAUUUUGUUCACCAAACCCCAUCACCCAUUGUAAAUAAUUAUACAGGUGAUGUAGCUUGCGAUUCUUACCAUAAAAUGAAAGAAGAUGUGGCUUUAUUAAAAUAUUUAGGAGUCAAGCAUUACAGAUUUUCUCUAUCGUGGUCAAGAAUUCUCCCAACAGGUUACACCAACAAAAUAAACCAAGCUGCAAUUAAAUACUAUAAAAGCCUGAUCAGAGAACUCACAGACAAUGGUAUUGAACCGGUAGUAACUAUACUGCACUGUGAUACACCACAAGCGCUGGAGGACAUGGGUGGCUGGACGACUGACUGGAUCAUCGAUCGGUAUGUGGAAUACGCCGCAGUUUGCUUUGAAAAUUUUGGAGCCGACGUCAAAUACUGGUUGACUUUUAACGAGGCGUUUUACAUGUGCACUUUGGGUUAUGGAACAGGUACUCAGGCACCUGGUAGGAAGGCUAGUGGUAUUGGAGAUUAUAUUUGUGGCCAUAAUAUUAUCAAAGCCCAUGCCAAAGCUUUUCAUCUGUAUAAUGAUACAUACAGACCAGUGCAGAAAGGUUCAGUAGGAAUUUCUUUGGUGAGCAUUUAUGCAGAACCAAAAUCUGACAGUGAUGAGGAUAAGGAAGCUGCUGAAAGAAUGAUAUAUUUUAAUUUUGGAUGGUUUGCAAGUCCAAUAAUGUUCGGUUCUUAUCCGUAUCAAAUGGAAAUAACAAUAAAUGAAAGAAGUGUUGUCCAGGGAUUCGCACAAUCGCGCCUUCCCUCUUUUACUGAAGAAGAAAAAGCUUAUAUCGCGGGCACUGUAGACUACUUUGGCGUUAAUUAUUAUUCGAGUGUUGUGGCUGAAAACUUGCCAGAUUUCAAAGAUUUAGACGUUUCAUGGGAAGCUGAUGUUGAGGUGAUACCAUCUCAAGACCCGCACUGGGAAAAUACGACAACACCUCAGUUUUCGGUCUACCCAGAUGGCUUGUAUAAACUUUUAAAAUGGAUUUCAAACAAUUAUAACAACAUUUCAAUUAUGAUCACCGAGAAUGGGUAUCCAGAUAAAGGAGAAACGCUACAAGAUGACGAACGAAUAAGUUAUAUCCAGCGACACCUUAGCAAGGUACGAGACGCAUUGGAUGAAGGAGUCCAAGUUCUUGGUUACACAUUUUGGAGUCUGAUGGACAAUUUCGAAUGGUUAAUGGGCUAUGACACGAAAUAUGGACUUUUUGAAGUGGAUUUUAACAGCCCUGAUAGGACUAGAACUCCCAAAAAAUCUGCGGAUUAUGUUAAGAAAGUAUACGAGUCUAGAUGCCUUUUGGAGGACAGUUCUGAAUGUUAUGAUUAGAUACAAGUUUUUGUAAUAAAAGUAAAAAAAUAAAAUUAAGUUUCUGAUA